CCGGCCGCAGCGCGGGGCCGGCGGCGAGCGCCAGGGCGAGGCCGAGGCUCGGGCCCAGGCGCAGGCCCAGGCCGGCCGCGCGCGCGCUGGGCGGGGAGGGGAGCCGGGGGAGGCUGUGGGCCGCACUCCCCGCUCGGCUCUCACUCUGGACCACCGCGAUUGCGGUCGGCCGUGCGCGACGUCCGGGACUCCGGGUCUCCGGCGCGCGCUCCCUCCUCCCCUCCCCCCCUCGCCACGCAACUUGCGGCCAAAGUUUCCCCCCCCGGGGUCGGGGGCGCGCGCGCGCGCUCGGAUGGCGAGCCGCUAAGUUGGCCAGGGCGGCGGGGCCGGGCCAUGGCCCGCGCGUCCCCACCGGGUCCCCAGGACUCCGGACCACGGGACCCGGGCGCCCCAGACUCGCGCCUCUAGCGCGCCCCCGUCGGCCGCGGGCACGCGUGGGAAAGUUGGCCUGGAACCGGCCCGACCAGUUCCUGCCUGGCGCGCGGACCGGUCGCAGGAAGUUGCCGCAAAACUUUUUCGGGGGGUGCGACCCGAGCCCCCCCUAGCGCGCGGGCUGCAUGCGCACAGGGUAGCCGCGUUCCCCUCGGGUCGCUAGGCGUGCCCAGAGGGGACGGACUCGUCCCGGGGCGCCCCGGCCCCGCCGUCCCGGGGGCUAUGGCCAUGGUGACCGGUGGCUGGGGCGGCCCCGGAGGCGACACGAACGGCGUGGACAAGGCCGGUGGAAGCUACCCACGCGCGACCGAGGACGACUCGGCGUCGCCUCCCGGGGCGGCCAGCGACGCGGAGCCGGGUGACGAGGAGCGCCCGGGGCUGCAGGUGGACUGCGUGGUGUGCGGGGACAAGUCCAGCGGCAAGCACUACGGCGUGUUCACCUGCGAGGGCUGCAAGAGUUUCUUCAAGCGCAGCAUCCGCCGCAACCUCAGCUACACCUGCCGGUCCAACCGUGACUGUCAGAUUGAUCAGCAUCACCGGAACCAGUGUCAGUAUUGUCGCCUCAAGAAGUGCUUCCGAGUGGGCAUGCGCAAGGAGGCCGUGCAGCGCGGCCGCAUCCCUCACGCGCUCCCGGGCCCUGCAGCCUGCAGCCCCCCAGGCGCGGCGGGCAUCGAGCCAUUCGCUGGGCCACCGGUGUCCGAGCUGAUCGCGCAGCUGCUGCGCGCCGAGCCCUACCCCGCGGCCGGCCGCUUCGGCGGCGGCGGUGCGGUGCUGGGCAUCGACAACGUGUGCGAGCUGGCAGCGCGCCUGCUGUUCAGCACGGUCGAGUGGGCCCGCCACGCACCCUUCUUCCCGGAGCUGCCGGCCGCCGACCAGGUGGCGCUGCUGCGGCUCAGCUGGAGCGAGCUGUUCGUGCUGAAUGCGGCACAGGCGGCGCUGCCGCUGCACACGGCUCCGCUGCUGGCAGCCGCGGGGCUGCACGCUGCACCCAUGGCCGCGGAGCGCGCCGUGGCCUUCAUGGACCAGGUGCGCGCCUUCCAGGAGCAGGUGGACAAGCUGGGCCGUCUGCAGGUGGACGCUGCCGAGUACGGCUGCCUCAAGGCCAUCGCUCUCUUCACGCCCGGCCACUCUCCCUGCUUUCCAAAACGUGACUGUCUUUGGUCCCUGCUUCCUGCAGAUGCCUGUGGCCUUUCUGACCCAGCCCAUGUGGAGAGCCUGCAGGAGAAGGCACAGGUGGCCCUCACGGAGUACGUGCGUGCCCAGUACCCAUCCCAGCCCCAGCGCUUUGGGCGCCUGUUGCUGAGGCUCCCAGCCUUGCGUGCUGUGCCUGCAUCCCUCAUCUCCCAGCUCUUCUUCAUGCGCCUGGUGGGCAAGACACCCAUCGAGACGCUCAUCCGGGACAUGCUACUGUCAGGGAGCACCUUCAACUGGCCCUAUGGCUCGGGCUAGUAAUGGACAUGCAUAGAUCCUGGGACCUUGCAGGGACCCUGGGGAUUUGGUCCCCAGCUUCUUUCCUGAGGCUGAUUUCUUUUUUUUAAGACUGUGAAAUGUUUCUCUGUUUUGUUUUUUAAAUAAUCAUGAAACAAACCAAAAAAAAAUUUUUUUGAUCUCCUAGGUCCUAGCCUUGUCUUCCUGGCGGCUCCUGGUCAGGGUGGGGCUGAGGGUCUGGAGCCAGCAUGGUGGUGCCUCUGGUGUGAUAGGUAUGGGCCUAAUAUCUGGAAGGACCACUGAAGCUGGGCAGGGGUACUAUGGGCCAUGGGGUCCCCUGGAUACAUGGCUGUGGUAGGCACUAUGGGAUAAUGAAAUCAUGGCCAAUAAUAAAGAUAUUCCCCUACUUG